AAAACAAUUCCACCUCCAAAAACCUUCGCUAAACUCUCCCCUCUGUAAUCUGGAGUCAUUUCCGACGAGACUUGACGAACGAAUCUCUUACCUCUCUCAUGCACUGAUCACGAAGCCCAUCCGGUCGAUCGCUCCAGGCGCUUUGCUCCCAUGGCGGAACUCUCCAAGCUCGCUGAGCUUCUUUUUGACGGGAAGCCAUCGGACGUUCUCGCUCUGAGACUUCGAUCCGAAUCAGUUAAACCAGGGCUCGAGAAGUUCUACGCAGUCCUCCGGCGAGGCCUUGAUGCGAUUGCAGGCGGAAAACUAGUGUUCGAGUCGUGGACCCACUCGCAGAUUCAGGCGGUUUGUUCCGUGGCAUCUGCUAUUGCUACAGCCACUCGAUCUCUCUCUGUUGAACAAGCGGAACCUAUAAUUGUCGCAAUCGUGCAACAGUCACUCGAGUUCGCGACGUGUUUUCUGGAGAAAACUGUGUCAAGCAAUGAUGAUUUGAAUCUUCAGAAUAACAUGGCACAGCUAUUGGAGGCAACAUUGGUUGAUGGAAUGGAUAAAGAUUCUGAACCUUUACAGCCAUGCUCUGUGGAUGCCUUUGUUGACUUAUUUGAACAAUCCAUUGUUAUGUGUGGUGGAAUUGAGCUGGAGAAAAACGUUAAAUGUAAUUUGCAAGAUGGGUUUAGUUGCUCAAGAGAAGAGGAAAAAAUGGAUCGUUUAUUGAUGACACUAUUUUCUGAAUGCAUGCAACCAGACAGCCUGACUCCACGGUUUACUGGACCUAAUUUUCUCCGGGAUUCGAAUAGAUUGGUUUCUCUAUCCCAGCAUUGGGCAGUUUUUCAUGUGGGAUGCAUUCGACGUCUUAUUUUGCUCUGUAAAGAGCUGGUUGAGUCUCCAGGUAAGUUUGAUGAGAAGAUGGCAAGUAUGAGUUCUCGCAAGAAACUGUCACUGUGUUUGAGGAUUUUAAAACUACUUGGAAACCUUACAAAAGAUAUGCCAUAUAUUGAAUAUGAUGCUGCAUUGUUGCAAGCAGUUGCCUUAUGUGCUGAUGUUCUACCUUGUUUGUUUAGAACUGAGUUUGAGUUUGUAAAUAGCCAUGUGCCUGUUGAGAGUAGCUCUGAGGGCCUCAUACUGUUGGUAUUGGAAGAGUUUCUUCAUGUUGUUCAAGUUAUUUUCUUUAGCAGCAGUGUUUUACAGAAUAUUCAGGCAUGUAUAGUAGCUUCUAUAUUGGACAAUUUGGAUUAUAAUAUAUGGAGAUAUAACAACUCUGCUCCAAAUUUAAGGCCGCCUCUGGUAUACUUCCCUCGUAGUGUCACGUUCAUUCUGAAACUCAUAGAGGAUGUUAGAAAACAACCGUAUCAGGCUCUCAAUUGGAAGGAGGUCGAUGGGGAUCAAAAUGGGAUUUAUGCUGGUUUCCAGGUUGAUUUUUCAUCUUGCAAUGUUCCCUGCAAGAAGAUUUCUUUACUUAAGAAGUACACGGUUGAGGAACUGUUAAGGAUGAUAUUCCCUUCAUCUAAGCAGUGGGUGGACGACCUGGUGCAUCUUGUUUCAUUCCUUCAUUCUGAAGGAGUAAAACUCAGGACAAAGUUGGAGAGAUCAUAUUCUAGUAGUGCAAAAGCUAGUUGCGCAUCUGAAGCUGAAAAUUCUGUUUGCCACGAAGAUGAAGCUCUAUUUGGGGACCUUUUCUCUGAGGGGGGGCGCUUGGUAGGAUCUAAUGAUGGAUAUGAUCCUACCCCUGCAUCUGUCAGUUCCAUUUCCAGCUCUUGCAAUUUGCCACUUCAAGCUGCUACUGAACUUUUGAGCUUUCUAAAAGCGUGUGUCUUUUCUCCUGAUUGGCAUCCCUCUGUUUAUGAAGAUGGUUGCAAAAAGCUUAGUGAAAACCAUAUAGAUAUUCUGCUUUCCAUACUUAACUGCCGAGCAUGUUAUUCUGAAGACAAGACUACUGAUGGUGGUGCAGGAUUGCAUGAACAAAAGAAGAUUGGGCAUACCCAUGAACUUUGCUUUGAGCUUUUAAAUAAUCUUCUCACUUGCCACAACUUGUCAGAUCAACUUGAGGAAUACCUUGUGGAGCAAAUCCUGAAUGUUGAAAACGGCUUGUUUGUUUAUAAUAAUCAGACCUUAACCUUGCUAGCUCAUGCUCUUAUCUGCAAGCAUGGUUUGGCUGGCAGCCAGUUAAGAACCAAACUUUACAGGGGAUUUGUGGAUUAUAUUGUUGAGAAGGCGAAUUCUAUCUGUUCAGGAUGUCCUACCCUUAAGGAACUCCUUGAGACGCUUCCCUCUUUGUUUCACAUUGAGAUUCUUCUUAUGGCAUUUCAUUUAUCUCCUGAAGGUGAAAAGGCAACUCUAGCAAAGUUUGUAUUUUCUUCCAUAAAAGCAAUUGAUUCCCUCCCUUCUGGUUUUAAUAGUGCGCAAUUGUCAUGCUGGGCUUUACUAGUUUCAAGGUUGGUUUUAGUGCUUCGUCAUAUGAUAUUCUAUCCUUUUGCUCGCCCUUCAUCAUUGCUUCUAGAUUUGAGAUCCAAGUUGAGGGAAGCUCCUCUUUCUGGUAUCCAACGUUCUAAUAAUGUCAGUGAUCAUUUGUUGUCUUGGGCAUCAAUCGCACUAGAGAGUGUAAUGGGUUCAUGGAUCAAAGAAGAGUCUGUCAUAAGCAGCUUACUUAGUCAACUGAUUGAUGUUGCAGUGUUUCCUGCUUCACUUUGUAGAGAUGAUCCUGGCAUCCAAUGGCUACAGUUGAGUUGGGAUGAAUUAUGUGCCUUCUUCUCUCAGAUUCUAGGGUUAUGGAAAGGAAAGAGAGCAGCAUCUGUGGAAGAUCUUAUUAUUGAAAGAUAUAUUUUUGUACUUUUUUGGGAUAUUCCUACCACAGGCUGUACACUGGACCAUCUGCUUCCCCUUUGCAGUGAUUCCCAGGUUUUGGACAUGUCAAACAUGGAGUCUUUCAUUUACUUCAGCCAUUUCCUUCUAGGCCACUCAGCUGUCGUCGGAAAGGGAAUUAAUUUCCAAGAUGUGGUUGUUGGUCUGCUUCAGGACUUGCAUGCUGUUCAUGUACCGGGUAAUGUUGAGGAACUAGGUUGGGAUUUCUUGAGGUGUGGAUUGUGGCUAUCUCUAGUACUGUCCUUAUUAAAUGCUGGCAUCCAGGGAUAUUGCAUGAAGAGUAUAGUCCCUGCAGAAGGUUUGGGAUGGACAGACUGCGCGUCCAAAGACGAUGACUACCUUAUUCUAGCUGAAGGGUUAAUAGCUGGUGUAUUUGAGGUUGGUCAAACUGCACUGCUACUUAAGAUGUUGUCCUCCUUGUUGAGCAGAUAUUUACAGGCUUAUCAAAAAGCUUUUAUUUCUACCCUUGAUAAUAGCCAGCAACAUAUUGAUGGAUUCUCACCCCUAUUGCUUCUUAAGCAUUCUGGGUUUGACAAAGUUAUCCAGAAUGAGCUGGUUGAGAAGAGUGGAUCCAAUUUGUGCCAGUUGGAAUCUGUUUGUGGCCUCCUACAAAAGUUAGAAGUCAUCCUUGACAAAAGAGCUUCAGGAAUUUUGUCCAAGGUAUUUUGGGAAUGUAUGUUGCAUGGUUUUCCCUCAGAACUUCAAAUUCCUAGUGGAACUCUUCUUUCUUGCAUUCUUAGCAUAAAGGGAAUCAUUGGUGUUCUAGAUAGGCUCCUUAAAAUUUUGGAUGCAAGGGGAAAUAUUUGUCUGGAUUCUGCUUUACUUCAUGAGAUUCUUGAUUCAGUAAUGACUAUUAAGUUUGACAAGAUCUUUGAAAGCCUUCAUGGAAAAUGUGGAGAUAUAUAUUGCUGCUUGACUUCUGGUUUGGGUGGGCCAGAUUAUAGCUGUUUAUUUCUAAUGAAGCACAUGGAGCAGUUUUUGAGGGAUAUUAAUGCAUUAGAAGCAAUUGAUAAUCGUAUUCUUGAAUGGAUUGUUACCAAGACUAUUGAUACCAUGGAUAACCUGAGGAAAGACUCUUCAAGGGUGGGUAUGUUCAAUUUUUAUCUUGGAGCAGAAGACGUUUCAGAGGGGGUCAAAGAGCUGUUUGGGCUGCAACGUGGUGAUUUGUUGGUCCUGAUUGGUUCACUGGAUAGUUGCUUCAGUGAAUCAGUUAACAUAAAGGUUCUUAACUUCUUUGUUGACCUCCUAUCGUGGGAACUUUGUACUGAUCUCAAACGGAGGAUACAGAAGAAAUUCCUGGGAACGGACUUGCUUUGCCUGUCUCAGUGGUUGGAGAAGAGGCUGUUAGGUUGUGUGAUGGAAUCUUCAGGUGGGUUUGCAUCUACAAAAGCAUGUUCCAUUUCUCUCAGAGAAUCAACAAUGAAUUUUAUUUUGUGCCUUGUAUCCCCUCCUGAAUUGCAGUCAAGAGAACUACACAAUCAUUUGUUUGAAGCCAUGCUGGUUACUCUUGAUGCUGCAUUUAUGCAAUUUGAUAUUCACACAGCAAAGUCCUAUUUCCAUUUCGUGGUUCAACUUUCAAAGGGGGAAGAUUUGAUGAAAUCACUUUUGAAUAGGACUGUGCUGUUGGUUGAGAAGCUGGCUGGUGAUGAACGUCUGCUUCAAGGGCUAAAGUUUCUAUUUAACUUUCUGGGAACUGUGCUGGCAGAUUGUGGCUCUGGUAGGAAUAUGCUAGAAAAAUAUUCUGUGAGGUCUCUAUCUAACAGUGGCCUUGGUGUGGGAUCCCUAUCUUCUAGGUCAGUAGGUUCAAGAAAAAAUUCUGGGACUCUGGUUCUCCCUUCUAAUCCGGAAGGGGGGUCAACAUCUAUUGAAUGUGAUGCAACUUCUGCAGAUGAAGACGAGGAUGAUGGAACUUCUGAUGGUGAGGUGGCUAGCAUGGAUAAGGAUGAAGAUGAGGAAGCUAACAACGAAAAGGCCCUUGCUUCUAAAGUUUGCACAUUUACAUCCAGUGGCAGUAAUUUCAUGGAACAACACUGGUAUUUUUGUUAUACAUGUGAUCUGACUGUAUCAAAAGGCUGUUGCUCUGUGUGCGCAAAAGUUUGCCAUCGUGGUCAUCGGGUUGUUUAUUCUCGUUCGAGUCGUUUUUUUUGUGAUUGUGGAGCAGGGGGCGUCAGAGGUAGCAGCUGUCAGUGCUUAAAGCCUCGAAAAUUCAGUGGAAGUAACGGUGCACCUGUUCGCAGCACUGGAAAUUUUCAGUCCUUUCUACUCUUCACAGAUGAUGCAGAUCAACUGGCUGAUAGUGAUUCAGAUCUAGAUGAAGAUGUCUAUAUGGAUGUAGAUAAUUCAGUCAGGUUAUCUAUUCCAAAAGAGCUUCAAGAUCAAGUACCAUUGUUCCUUGAAGAACUUGGUGUUGAGGAUCAGGUGCUUAAAUUUUGCUCCUCAAUGUUGCCUUCCAUUAUAAGCAGAAGAGAAGCUAAUUUUACAACAGAUAAGAAAAUUGUUUUGGGUGAGGACAAAUUGGUUUCAUAUGGUGUUGAUCUUUUGCAAUUGAAGAAGGCAUAUAAAAGUGGAUCUCUGGACUUGAAAAUUAAAGCAGAUUAUUCAAAUGCCAAGGAACUUAAAUCCCACCUAGCCAGUGGCUCUCUUUUCAAAUCCUUACUUAGUGUCAGUAUUCGAGGCCGACUUGCUGUUGGAGAAGGUGACAAAGUUGCCAUAUUUGAUGUUGGUCAGUUGAUCGGACAAGCUGCUGUUGCACCUGUGACAGCAGACAAGACUAAUGUUAAGCCUCUUUCUAGGAAUGUUGUUCGCUUUGAGAUUGUACAUCUUAUUUUUAACCCAAUGGUUGAGAAUUAUCUGGCUGUUGCAGGCUAUGAAGACUGCCAGGUCCUCACUGUAAACCAUCGUGGUGAGGUUACUGACCGUCUUCCCAUCGAACUUGCACUGCAAGGUACCUAUAUUAGACGCUUAGAUUGGGUUCCAGGUUCUCAGGUGCAACUAAUGGUGGUAACCAAUAGGUUUGUCAAAAUAUAUGAUCUAUCCCAGGACAACAUCAGUCCCAUGCACUACUUCACAAUACCUGAAGACAUGAUUGUGGAUGCUACCCUUGUAGUGGCAUCACAGGGUAGGGUGUUUCUUCUUGUUCUUUCGGAGCUGGGAAGCUUAUUCAGGCUAGAAUUGACGAUGGUAGGCAAUGCUGGUUCAAAACAAUUGGAAGAAGUUAUUCAUAUUCAGGAUAGAGAGAAGCCUAUUAUGGGCUUAUCUGUAUUCUUCUCAUUAACUUAUAAAUUGAUUUUCCUGUCAUAUCAAGAUGGCACCACGUUGGUAGGGCGACUAAAUUCUGAUGCAACAUCUCUAACCGAACUAUCUGCCAUGUAUGAGGCAGAGCAAGAUGCAACACUACGACCAGGUGGACUGCAUCAUUGGAAGGAGCUGCUGGUUGGUAGUGGCUUAUUCAGUUGCUUUUCAAGUGUGAAAUCAAAUGCUGCACUUACUCUAUCCAUUGGGUCUCAUGAGAUAUAUGCACAGAACAUGCGUCAUGCAGCAGGUUCCUCUUCACCAUUGGUUGGUAUAACUGCCUAUAAGCCUUUAUCGAAAGAUAAAAUCCACCUUCUUGUUUUACAUGAUGAUGGAAGCCUUCAGAUAUACUCACAUGUCCCAGUGGGAGUUGAUGUUGGCGCAAAUGCGGCAUCAGAAAAAGUUAAAAAAUUGGGUUCUGAUAUUCUUAACAAUAAGGCUUAUGCAAGCACAAACCCAGAAUUCCCACUUGAUUUUUUUGAGAAAACUGUAUGCAUCACUGCAGAUGUGAAACUGGGUGGUGAUGCCAGUAGAAAUGGUGAUUCUGAAGGUGUGAAGCAAAGCUUGUCUUCUGAGGAUGGAUUUCUAGAAAGCCCUACCCCUGCUGGAUUUAAGAUAACAGUCUCAAAUUCAAAUCCUGACAUUGUCAUGGUUGGUUUUCGUGUGCACGUGGGUAAUACAUCAGCAAAUCAUAUACCUUCUGAGAUUGCUAUUUUCCAGAGGGUUAUUAAAUUAGAUGAGGGUAUGCGGUCUUGGUAUGAUAUUCCAUUAACGGUUGCUGAAUCACUCCUAGCUGAUGAAGAAUUUACCAUCUCUGUUGGACCAACCUUCAGUGGCUCGUCACUGCCCAGAAUAGACUCACUGGAGGUAUAUGGUCGAGCUAAGGAUGAAUUUGGUUGGAAAGAGAAAAUGGAUGCAGUGUUGGAUAUGGAGGCUCGUGUGCUUGGUUGCAACUCCUGGAUUCCAGGAUCUAGGAAGAAGUGUCAUUCUAUGCAGUCUGCUCCUAUUGCAGAGCAGGUGGUAGCAGAUGGCCUUAAGCUUCUGUCUAGGUUUUAUGCAUUGUGUAGGUCACAAGGAUGCUCAAAGCUCGAGGAAGUGAAAAUAGAGCUAAACAAGCUCAAGUGCAAACAGUUCCUGGAAAUAAUAUUUGAAAGUGACAGGGAACCCUUGUUGCAGGCUGCUGCUUGCUGUGUAUUACAGGCUGUCUUUCCUAAAAAGGAGAUUUAUUACCAAGUUAAGGAUACCAUGCGUCUUCUUGGGGUGGUGAAAUCUACAUCAGUGCUUUCUUCAAAGUUAGGCGUUGGUGGUACUACGAGAGGUAGUAUUAUUGAAGAAUUUACCACUCAGAUGCGUGCUGUAUCCAAGAUUGCUUUGCAUCGCCGAUCAAAUUUGGCAACUUUUCUGGAGAUGAAUGGUUCUGAAGUGGUCGACGGACUAAUGCAAGUUUUAUGGGGAAUCUUGGACAUCGAGCAGCCUGACACACAAACAAUGAACAACAUUGUUGUUUCUUCUGUGGAGCUUAUUUAUUGUUAUGCUGAGUGUUUGGCGUUACAUGGAAAAGAUACAGGGGCACAUUCUGUUGCACCUGCUGUUGUACUACUGAAGAAACUUAUAUUUUCUCCCAAUGAGGCUAUUCAGACUUCCAGCAGCUUGGCCAUAUCUUCAAGACUGCUACAGGUUCCAUUUCCAAAGCAAACCAUGUUAGUUACGGAUGAUGUAGAGAAUGCAGUGCCUGCUGCAGGGCCAUCUGAUCCUGCUGGUGGGAAUAACCAGGUCAUGAUUGAAGAAGACUCUAUCACUUCAUCUGUUCAAUACUGUUGUGAUGGUUGCUCCACUGUUCCUAUAGUUAGACGGAGAUGGCAUUGUACUGUUUGCCCUGAUUUUGAUUUAUGUGAGACUUGCUAUGAAGUACUAGAUGCUGACCGACUUCCCCCACCACAUUCUAGAGAUCAUCCUAUGUCAGCAAUUCCAAUUGAAGUGGAAUCAAUUGGUGGAGAUGGCAAUGAAAUUCACUUCUCAACUGAUGGCUCAAGUGAGGCAAGCUUGCUACAUGGGACAGGAGAUACAAGUGGUCAGACUUCUACUCCAUCAAUUCAUGUGUUGGAGCCUAAUGAAUCUGGAGAGUUUUCUGCUGCUGUGAGUGACCCUGUUUCAAUAUCUGCAUCAAAACGGGCAGUAAAUUCUCUGCUUCUUGCUGAGCUCCUCGAACAUAUGAGAGGAUGGAUGGAGACAACCUCUGGGGUUCGAGCUAUCCCUGUUAUGCAGCUCUUUUACAAAUUAUCAUCUGCUGUGGGUGGACCUUUUAUAGACAACUCAAAGCCAGAAAGCAUAGAUUUAGAAAAAUUAAUUAAAUGGUUUUUGGAUGAGAUUAAUCUCAACAGAUCUUUUAUAGCCAGAACCCGUUCUUCUUUUGGAGAAGUUACAAUCCUCGUCUUCAUGUUCUUCACAUUGAUGCUGCGGAACUGGCACCAGCCUGGUAGUGAUAGUUCAAUGUCCAAAUCAAGUGGGACUGCAGAUAUACAUGAUAAAAGCGUUCUCCAGAUCUCAUCCUCUGCUUCAGGUGCUUCUCAAUCUUCCUUUGAUGAUCAGGGAAAAAAUGACUUUGCAUCCCAGCUGCUUCGAGCAUGCAGUUCUCUUAGAAUGCAGCCUUUUGUUAAUUAUUUGAUGGAUAUUCUGCAGCAACUAGUUCAUGUUUUUAAGUCCCCUACUGUUAAUUAUGAAACUACUCAUGGUUCGAGCUCUGGGUCGGGAUGCGGAUCACUACUAACAGUACGAAGAGAGCUACCGGCGGGUAAUUUCUCUCCGUUUUUUUCAGAUUCAUAUACAAGGGCCCAUCGUGCAGAUAUUUUCAUUGACUACCAUAGGCUGUUGUUAGAGAAUGCUUUCCGGUUGCUUUACAGUUUGGUUAGGCCGGAAAAGCAUGAUAAGACUGGGGAUAAAGAAAAGAUAUACAAGGUUCCAUCUGGGAAGGAUUUGAAGCUAGAUGGAUAUCAGGAUGUUCUCUGCAGUUAUAUCAAUAAUCCUCACACAACAUUUGUAAGAAGGUAUGCAAGGAGGCUUUUCCUGCAUCUCUGUGGAAGCAAAACACACUACUACAGUGUUCGAGACUCUUGGCAAUUCUCGAGUGAGGUUAGUAAACUUUACAAGCAUGUAAGCAAGUCUGGAGGAAUUCAGAAUCCCACACCUUAUGAAAGGGGUGUUAAGAUUGUAAAGUGUUUGUCGACUAUGGCUGAAGUAGCAGCUGCACGGCCUCGGAACUGGCAGAAAUAUUGUUUGAGGCAUGGAGAUGUUUUGCCCUUCCUGCUGAAUGGAGUGUUCUAUUUUGGGGAAGAGUCUGCUAUUCAGACACUUAGACUUUUAAACUUGGCCUUCUAUGCAGGUAAGGACAUGAACCAUUCUUUUUUGCAGAAAGCUGAAGCAGGAGACUCUGGAACAAGUUCAAACAAAUCUGGUGCAGAGUCUUUGGAUUCAAAGAAGAAGAAGAAAGGUGAAGAUGGAACUGACACAGGUUUGGAUAAAUCAUCCUUGGAUAUGGAGUCAGUGGUGGAUAUCUUUGCCGACAAGGGAGGUGAUGUCUUGAGGCAAUUCAUUGACAGCUUUUUGCUGGAAUGGAAUUCAACCUCUGUCCGUGUGGAAGCCAAAUGUGUUCUUUGUGGUGCCUGGCAUCAUGGAAAGCCAUCUUUCAAGGAAACCAUGUUAGUCGCUGUCUUGCAGAAGGUAAAAUGUCUGCCAUUGUAUGGUCAGAACAUAGUUGAGUACACUGAACUAGUGUCCUGGUUGCUAGGAAAGAUUUCUGAUAUCAGUUCAAAGCAACAAAGUUCCGAAAUUUUGGACCGUUGCUUGACCCCUGAUGUGGUUAGGAGCAUCUUUGAGGCACUACAUGUGCAAAAUGAGCUCUUAGCUAACCAUCCCAAUUCCCGCAUUUACAAUACUCUAAGUGGUCUGGUGGAGUUUGAUGGGUAUUAUCUUGAGAGUGAACCUUGUGUUGCCUGUAGCUCACCUGAGGUGCCCUACAGCAGAAUGAAACUAGAAAGUCUAAAGUCUGAGACAAGGUUUACUGAUAACCGCAUCAUAGUAAAAUGCAGUGGGAGCUAUACUAUCCAGAGUGUGACCAUGAAUGUUCAUGAUGUUCGCAAGUCCAAAUCAGUGAAAGUUCUGAACCUGUAUUACAACAAUAGGCCUGUGGCUGACUUGUCAGAAUUGAAAAAUAAUUGGUCCUUGUGGAAGCGUGCUAAGAGUUGUCACCUUGCUUUCAUUCAGACAGAGUUAAAAGUAGAUUUCCCUAUUCCAAUCACUGCCUGCAACUUCAUGAUUGAGCUGGAUUCUUUCUAUGAGAAUCUUCAAGCUUUAUCUCUCGAACCGUUGCAGUGCCCACGCUGCAGUCGACCAGUCACUGAGAAGCAUGGGAUUUGUAGCAAUUGCCAUGAGAAUGCAUAUCAAUGCAGACAAUGCCGCAACAUUAAUUAUGAGAAUUUGGAUUCUUUCCUUUGCAAUGAGUGUGGAUAUAGCAAAUAUGGUCGGUUUGAAUUUAAUUUCAUGGCUAAACCAAGUUUUACAUUUGAUAACAUGGAGAAUGACGAAGAUAUGAAAAGGGGAUUGACAGCUAUAGAAUCUGAAUCAGAAAAUGCUCAUAGGAGAUAUCAGCAACUUUUGGGCUUCAAAAAACCAUUGCUUAAGAUCGUAUCAAGCAUUGGUGAGAAUGAAAUGGACUCGCAGCAGAAGGAUUCUGUCCAGCAAAUGAUGGUUUCAUUGCCUGGACCUUCAUGUAAGAUUAACCGUAAAAUUGCUCUUCUUGGUGUCCUUUAUGGUGAGAAGUGCAAAGCAGCUUUUGAUUCUGUCAGCAAAAGUGUUCAGACUCUGCAAGGGCUUCGUCGAGUUCUGAUGAAUUACCUGCAUCUGAAACACUCUGAUAAAACUGUGGCCUCAUCAAGAUGUGUAGUUUCUAGGUCUCCCAAUAGCUGCUAUGGAUGUGCAACUAUGUUUGUAACUCAAUGCCUUGAGAUAUUGCAGGUGCUAUCAAAACAUUCAAAUUCUAAGAAGCAGCUUGUUGCUGCUGGAAUCUUGUCUGAGUUGUUUGAAAAUAAUAUUCAUCAAGGUCCAAAAACAGCCCGCAUUCAAGCUAGGGCUGCUCUCUGUGCUUUCUCUGAGGGUGAUGUGAAUGCAGUUACUGAAUUGAACAGUUUAAUACAGAAGAAAGUAUCAUAUUGCCUUGAACACCAUCGCUCAAUGGACAUUGCUCUGGCCACUCGUGAGGAGUUGUUACUGCUUUCAGAAGUGUGUUCAUUGGCAGAUGAAUUUUGGGAGUCAAGAUUGCGUGUUGUUUUCCAGUUGUUAUUUUCUUCCAUCAAAUUGGGUGCCAAACAUCCUGCCAUUUCUGAGCAUGUUAUCCUUCCUUGCCUGAGGAUCAUAUCUCAGGCAUGUACUCCUCCAAAACCUGAUGCUGCAGACAAAGAGCAAGGAUUGGGAAAAUCUGCUUCUGUUUCACAGAUGAAGGAUGAAAACUCAACUGGAUCUUUGAGUGGUCUUGUCAGUAAUAGUAAGUUGAUGGCAGAUUCACCGGGGAAAAAUUGGGAUAGUUCUCAUAAGACUCAAGAUAUGCAGUUGCUGAGUUAUUCAGAAUGGGAGAAAGGAGCAACUUAUCUUGAUUUUGUGCGGAGACAGUACAAGGUCUCUCAGGCAGUCAAAGUUGCCAGCCAGAGAUCACGACCUCAAAGAUACGAUUACCUAGAUCUCAAAUAUGCAUUGAGGUGGAAGCGCCGUGCUUGCAAGACAGCCAAGAGCGAGCUAUCAACAUUUGAGCUUGGUUCAUGGGUUACGGAACUUGUACUGAGUGCUUGUUCUCCAUCUAUAAGAUCUGAGAUGUGCAUGCUGAUUAGUUUGCUUUGUGGCCAAAGUUCAUCAAGGCGAUUUAGGUUGUUGAACUUACUCAUGGAUUUGUUACCAGCUACUCUUUCUGCUGGUGAAAGUGCUGCAGAAUACUUUGAUUUGCUUUUCAAGAUGAUAGAUUCGGAAGAUGCUCGUCUGUUCUUGACUGUGCGGGGAUGUCUAAAUACAAUAUGCAAGUUAAUUACUCAGGAAGUGGGUAAUGUUGAAUCUCUAGAGAGGAGCCUGCACAUUGACAUAUCACAAGGAUUUAUUCUUCACAAGCUCAUAGAGCUCCUUGGCAAGUUUUUGGAGGUUCCUAAUAUUAGGGCCAGGUUUAUGCGAGACGACCUGCUGUCUGAAGUUCUUGAGGCAUUUAUAGUCAUACGAGGUUUGAUAGUGCAGAAGACAAAGUUGAUAAGUGAUUGUAAUCGUCUUUUAAAAGAGCUUUUAGAUAGUCUUCUGCUGGAGAGCAGUGAAAACAAACGGCAGUUCAUACGGGCCUGUAUUUGCGGUCUGCAAUUCCACGGAGAGGAGAGAAAGGGACGAACUUCCUUGUUCAUCUUGGAGCAGCUCUGCAAUUUGAUAUGCCCAUCAAAACCAGAGUCUGUUUACCUCUUGGUUUUGAACAAAGCGCACACGCAAGAAGAGUUUAUCAGGGGAUCAAUGACUAAGAAUCCUUACUCCAGUGCUGAGAUUGGUCCGUUGAUGCGUGAUGUUAAAAACAAGAUUUGCCAUCAAUUAGAUCUUUUAGGUCUUCUUGAAGAUGACUAUGGCAUGGAGCUGCUAGUAGCUGGGAAUAUCAUCUCUCUUGAUUUGAGCAUUGCCCAAGUUUAUGAGCAAGUUUGGAAGAAGUCAAAUAUUCAAUCUUCAAACACUAUGGUUAAUGCAUCCUUGCUACCCUCCAAUGCAGUUUCAUCAGCCAGAGAGAGUCCACCGAUGACAGUGACAUAUCGGCUUCAGGGAUUAGAUGGUGAAGCUACUGAGCCCAUGAUUAAGGACUUGGAGGAGGAUAGAGAAGAAUCUCAAGAUCCUGAGGUUGAAUUUGCAAUAGCAGGAGCAGUCCGAGAGUAUGGUGGACUGGAAAUUAUUUUGGACAUGAUACAGCGCUUACGGGAUGAUUUGAAGUCCAACCAAGAGCAGUUGGUUGCAGUGCUAAACCUCCUUAUGCACUGCUGCAAGAUCAGAGAGAAUAGGCGGGCCUUGCUAAGGCUGGGAGCUUUAAGUUUACUUCUUGAAACGGCAAGGCGUGCCUUUUCUGUGGAUGCCAUGGAGCCAGCAGAAGGCAUUCUCCUGAUUGUGGAGAGUCUGACAUUGGAAGCAAAUGAAAGUGACUAUAUUAGCACCACACAGAGUGUUCUUACAGUCACCAGUGAAGAGACUGGAGCUGGUGAACAGGCCAAGAAAAUAGUUCUUAUGUUUCUGGAAAGAUUGUGCCAUCCUUCUGACCUCAAGAAGUCGAACAAGCAACAGAGGAACACUGAGAUGGUUGCAAGAAUCUUGCCCUAUUUGACCUAUGGUGAAUCUGCAGCAAUGGAAGCACUUGUACAGCAUUUUGACCCGUACUUGCAAAACUGGGGUGAAUUUGAUCAGUUUCUAAAGCUGCAUUUAGAAAAUCCUGAAGAUGAGAUGAUUGCACAGCAGGCUGCUAAACAGCAGCUUGCAUUGGAGAAUUUUGUGAGAGUUUCAGAGUCACUCAAGACCAGUUCUUGUGGGGGAAGAUUGAAGGACAUUAUUUUAGAGAAGGGUAUUACUAGUGUUGCAGUUAGACAUCUAAGGGAGAGUUUUGCAGUAGCAGAGCAGGCUGGCUUUAGAUCUAGAGCUGAAUGGGCGUUGGGUUUAAAACUACCAUCCGUCCCACUCAUCUUGUCUAUGCUGAGGGGAUUGUCGAUGGGCCACUUGGCCACUCAAAGCUGUAUAGAUGAGGGAGGGAUUUUACCACUGCUUCAUGCUUUGGAGGGAGUCCCCGGAGAAAAUGAGAUUGGGGCAAGGGCUGAAAAUUUGUUGGACACGCUAUCUGAUAAAGAAGGAAAAGGGGAUGGGUUCCUGGUGGAGAAGGUCCAGAGGUUGCGGCAUGCCACGAGGGAUGAGAUGAGGCGUCGAGCUUUGAGGAAGAGGGAGAAGUUGCUUCAGGACCUUGGAAUGCGACGGGAAGUUGCUUCAGAUGGUGGUGAGCGAAUUGUUGUUGCUCAGCCAAUACUUGAAGGUUUAGAAGAUGUGGAGGAGGAGGAAGAUGGGUUGGCAUGCAUGGUGUGCCGAGAGGGUUACAGUUUGAGGCCCACCGACAUGCUUGGGGUAUACACUUACAGCAAAAGGGUAAACCUGGGUGUUGGCACUUCAGGAACUUCUAGAGAAUGCGUUUACACAACAGUCAGCCAUUUCAACAUUAUACAUUUUCAAUGCCAUCAAGAGGCUAAAAGAGCGGAUGCUGCGCUAAGAAAUCCAAAGAAAGAGUGGGAGGGGGCUACCCUAAGAAACAAUGAGACACUUUGCAAUUCUUUAUUUCCUGUGAGAGGUUCAUCCGUUCCAAUAGCACAAUAUAUCCGUUAUGUUGACCUAUACUGGGAUAAUCUCAAUGCUCUUGGACGUGCUGAUGGGGGCCGACUCCGGCUGUUGACCUACGACAUUGUCCUGAUGCUAGCUCGAUUUGCGACUGGUGCAUCAUUUAGCGCAGAUAGCAAAGGUGGUGGAAGGGAAAGCAACUCACGUUUUCUCCCAUUCAUGAUCCAGAUGGCUCGCCACCUCCUCGAUCAAGGAAAUCCAUCCCAACGCAGUGCCAUGGCCAAGGCUGUGUCAACCUAUUUAUCCUCAUCUACAGCGGAGUCCAAACCAUCUACUCCACAAUCUUCUGCGGGAACAGAAGAAACUGUUCAGUUCAUGAUGGUAAACUCACUUCUCUCGGAAUCGUACGAGUCUUGGCUUCAACACCGAAGAUCCUUCUUAGAGCGUGGGAUAUAUCAUGCAUAUAUGCAACGUACACACAGCCAACCUACACCAUGUGGAUCAGUCAGUCCAUCUGCUGCUGUAAAAGCAGAACCAGGCAGUGCCAGCAGAAGCCAUGUCCCAGAAACUGGGACCAGUGAUGACUUGCUAUCCAUCAUUCAACCAAUGCUAGUCUAUACUGGCCUAAUCGAGCAACUGCAACAUUUUUUCAAGGUAAAAAAACUGGCAAAUGUGUCUGCAGGGGCAGAGGGAAUCGGCGGGCAAUCUGAUGGGGAAGAUGAGAGUGGAAGGUUGGAAGGUUGGGAGUUGAUGAUGAGAGAGAGACUGUUGAAUGUGAGGGAGAUGGUGGGGUUCUCGAAGGAGUUGUUAUCUUGGCUCGAGGAUAUUAUGUCUGCCAGUGAUCUUCAGGAGGCUUUUGACAUAAUGGGUGUGUUGGCAGACAUUCUAUCUGGGGGUUUUGCGCGGUGUGAGGACUUUGUGCAUGCUGCAAUUAAUGCGGGGAAAAGCUGAGGGUUAAAUAAUAAAGGGCAAGGAGCAUCGCCUUGUGCUACGUGUUGUGAACUUUGUGGUAACGUGGUAUUUUGGUUGUGGUUGGCUAGUCUGUUGUGAUUAUUUAUUUAGUUCCAUUCCCGUGGGAUGGAAGGCAACAUGAGUGCCCCAUCCUGAGCCUUUGUACACGUUUGGAUAGCUCCUUGCAGUUGAAAACUUUUUCCCAAAUAAACUGUUGCUCAUCUUUAUACCAAAAUAUGCAUAUGCUGUUUGCUGUUUGGUUAUACCCUUUAUGUCGAAGGCCUAAUUGAAGGCAUCACAGCACUUUGGAGUGAGUUUAUAGUAUAAAUGUAAUAUAUGGACCUAGUUGCGCCCUUGA